CUCGGUUCAAGGUCGUCUACGGGUACCAAUACUUUCAUGCCCUCCAUCCUCUUUCCCGAUCGAUACUGUCCUGCCUCGCGCUCCUUCACCACAUUGAUACAGUGUAUUCUCAGUGAGAGCCUCUAAAUAUUAGACAAGCCACCUUGGUCUUUGCAUCUAUCUGGCUUCUUUUGUCGCUCAUUAAUCCGGCUCAGGCUCCUCUCUCUCGCCGCACCUCAUACAGUAGCAUCCGAGUACGCCUGCAUAACGUCACCAUCGGAUAUCAGCAAGAUCAUUUCUCGACGCAAUUCCGACAAGAUCCUCUCACAAGUCUAUGUUUGAUUACGAAGAAAGCCCCCCGCCACUACAUCACUCGCCGUCUCCGAGUGAUCAGUCGCAAUUCACUUCGAGGGAUACAACCCCGGUAACGCCCGUCGACAGCGGACCGCCAUCUGGAAAAGCAUUUGGCAAGAAGACCGACAAAGGUUGCUUGCCUUGGUUCAAAAAGCCAAUCGCCGUUGGACGCACUACCACAAGACUUUGCCUCGAUACCUCUCUACUCGAGCCUGACUUCGACGACAAUACCUUUCCAACCUUUGGCGCAUCGCCACCAGCCUGGGGCAUGGCAAGUGUAGCCAACCCACUUGACGUCUCGACAAGACAGACUUCGACUUCGCCUCGUGGCAAUCAGCCUUCGAAUCUUACUUCCGCUCUGCAGAGGAGUGAUAGCGAAGAGAAGAGGAAGAUGGCCAACAAUCCUGCAGAGACCGCGCUCAAUCGCCCUAUCCCUCAAAUGCCGUCCAAUGCCUCUGAUGAUUUCGCGAAGUUCGAGCGUGGAGCCCGGCCGAUUUCGAUGAAAGGGGGUCCUAAUGAUCGACAAGCUCGUAGAGAGAGCAUAGCACAGAGCCUUAACGCAGGCAUGAGCUGGGGAGGAAUAUCCGUAGGCAGUUGGAUAAGAGACGAUAUGAUGAUGUCUGGAACCUCCCCCUUCACUUUCAAUUCUCCCUCCUUCCACUCCUCCUCCUACCUACCGAAACUCGAAGCCAAUUUCAUGAAAGAUUUCUCCUGCUGUGGCUUGACACUACCUACCUUGCAUGAUCUGCUACAACAUUACGAAGAAGCCCACGCGCAGAAAGAUCCCGUUCAAAAUGAGGGCAAUCAACAACAUGUCGUCCCGGACAGUCGGGCAGCAAUUGCAGCCACGACUGCCGCUCAAGUUCAGCAAGAGGCACAGCAGCGAAACCAACAGCAGCAAUCACAGAAUGCCCAAGGCCGGCCAUUUGGGUCGCAGCAGUCAGCUGCACAGAAUCCCCAGCGACAGACGGGUUUCUCGAGCACACUACAAACCAUCCCUGACAUGGAUACGGUGGAGGACAUGGAAAUGGAUGACAUUGAUGGAGCUGACGAGACAACACCACCGCCCAAUUUGUAUACGCAGUCCCAGCCUCAGACUUCACCACAGACCUCUUUCAACGCUCCUGCACAGCCACAAAUUCCUCAACUGAACACAUCGAUGAUGCAGGGACAUCAAGCCUUCCGUCAAUCGACACCCAACACCCCAGUCGGGCCUGGUCGGUCGAAUACCGCGUUCCAGGGUAACAAUGCCUCAUCCACUCUUAUGGCCAAUCCAAUGCAACAAUUUCAAGAUCUACAGAAUCCAUACCGUGGUACCCCAGAUUCUUCGGCGCCGGGCACACCUGGCGAAUUAGACGACGGUCUGAUGAACGGCAUGGACGACAUGUCCAUGUCCAGUAACUUGUACAACGCCAUUCCUAACGGCUUUGGUGGAUUCGGUUUUGGCAUGAACAGCGAUAUGAUCGAUCUGUGCAUUGACGAGCCUGCUAAACGACUGUUCUCCAAUGGCAGUCAGGGUAUGCAGUCACAAAACGUGGUACACAAUCGACUUGGAUCAGGACAGUACGGCGCCGACAGCGACAUCGCCCGCACGAUCCGCGAACGGCAGGCUGCGGCCGGUCUACCCGACACUACAACAAACAUUCCUCCUCACGAAGAACCAAAGCCUUUCCGGUGUCCUGUGAUUGGCUGCGAGAAGGCCUACAAGAACCAAAAUGGGCUCAAGUACCACAAAGCGCACGGUCAUAACAACCAACGACUCCACGAGAAUGGAGACGGCACAUUUUCGAUUGUCGACCCGGAUACCCAGGCUCCAUACCCUGGUACCAUGGGCAUGGAAAAGGAGAAACCAUACAAAUGCGAUGUUUGCCAGAAGCGCUACAAGAAUCUGAACGGACUGAAAUACCACAAGACGCAUUCUCCUCCUUGCAACCCGGAAUUGCAGCUCAAUGCCACCAAAAGCCCGACAUUGUCAAUGCCCAACAUGAUGGCCGGCCAGGCCGCCGGAAAUAUGGGAGCUGGUCUCUCUGCAGGUGGAGAUUUCACCAUGAUGUGAAGAUGAUACCCAACAAUACGAUGCCAGCAAUGAACACAUUCACUUCGUCCCUCUGGAGAGCAGUACGGUCACUGUUCCGAGGGGGCUCCUAUUACGAUUAACUUAUUACUAAUGACGCAACACGGCCUACCACCAACGUUGCUGGGGUGUUUGUCAACACUGCCAAAACAGUUUGUUCGACACAUGGGGAAGAGUUCGAUCCGAGUCGGUGAUCGGAGUAUCGUCCGACAUGGUCUGCAACGGCGGCUAACGUCACGAAUAUUUCGAAGCUUGUUUGUCUACGAUCACAGGGAAAGAAACAUAGAGGUUUGCGUUUUGCGUUUUGCGUUUUGCCAAAAGUCUGUCUCAAUGGGUUAGGGUUGGAUUGGGGAGUCUGUUCCACCGAAAGAUUCCAGCAGCAGGGGGCAAUUGUCUGUGGUACGGAGUUCACCUUGAGCAGAUAUGUCUCUCUCAGGCGGUAUCCUGCGAAGCCUGAAUCGUUGUGGGUUGAGGCCUCGGAGCUUCAGGACGUGGUUAGAGCGAUCCCUCCGAUGACGAUAGAUCGAGUUUUGGAGAUUCAAGGGAGCUGAAAAUUGCUGUUGCGUGCAUGCAUUUAGACGUCUACUCAGUCUCACGAGCCUGACUACUAGUUACUGCAAUUAAUGGUGGUCGAACCUCCGUAAUGAAUCCUUGGAUUUUCUUGCUUGGCAGUUUGGAUGGUAGCGCUUUCGUUUACA